UCCACAUUCAUAUUUUUACCUUUUAAAUACCCAAGACAAUGGAACUAUAUUCAAGAGCCAUUAUUCUUCAUCAUCAUCGCAAAGUAAAGAAGCUGAACAAGACGAGGAUGAGGGUUAACACGGCGGCGCUAGUGGUGGUGAUAGUGGUGGCGGUGAUGUUUGUGGGAGGGUCGAGAGGGUUGAGUCUGUGUAACCUGAACGAGGAAGGAAUAGCAGCCUGCAAGCCAUCAGUGAGUGAGCCAAAUCCAGUGGAUCCAUCCACAGAGUGUUGUAAAGCUCUCUCAGGGGCAGACUUGGAAUGUCUCUGCUCUUACAAGAACUCAUUUCAGUUACCACUUCUUGGCAUUGAUCCCAAUCUUGCCCUUGCUCUUCCUGCUAAGUGCAACCUCACUCUUCCUUCCGAUUGCUAAUAAUUAAUUAACUCUUGAUCCAAAGCACCUGGUCGUCUAAGUGUGUUUGUGAGUGUAUGUAUGUUUGUGUUGUGAUGAUUUAUCAUGUUUUCUAAGAUCUUGGUGUAAGUUUAAGGUUUGUGUUCCGACAUCA